AGCCUGGAAUUUCCCUUUUCUGGAAAAUCAGACAUCUCUGGAGAGGUGACUGCCACCGAUAUCCCCGUGGUACAUACCAAAUUCUGUUUGCCAAAGAUACAACGUUCUAACUAGAAACCUGCAACCUUGGCUUCUGGAAAAUUUGAUUAGCUUCAGGGAAUACCUCGUUAGAGCAGAGACGGGCGACGUAUAGAAAGGAGGAUGACAGUACCGCCCACCCUAUAUAAGGUAUUGAAUGUUUCUGCUCUUGACUCUUGGGCAUUAGCCGAAGUCCUGGCUCCGGCUGAUAAAGAUGUAUUAAUGGAGCUUGCUGGCUGACGUUGCUUGCUGGUCCUGCCGCACUCCCACAGCCCCAGCGCCCGGGAGGACAAUGGGUCCCGGAUGGAGAAGUGUUAAGGAUAAAAACCCGGACCAGGAAGCACCUGGGAGGGUCAAAGUAUCCCUUUGCAGUUCCAGACAUCAAGCCCGGUCCCAAGCUAGAAGCGAUGGACUUCCUGCUUCCGGGACUCGGGUCUUCUCGCGCAGGCGCCUGCUCGCAGAGCGCCCGCCGGCUUCCCUCGGGAAGGGUUCAAAGGUCGCACCGUUCUCUUUAGUCUCUCUUCUGCGGCUGAGACCUGAGCUGUGGGUGCAUCCAGCCCCGGGGUGUCGGCAGUGCGGUCGGUCGUCUCGGCUGUGGGAACUUACCAAUGUCUCAGAAUGGUUGAGCUGGAACAGGCAGAGGCCCAGCUGUCCGAGUUAGACCUCCUGGCCAGUAUGUUCCCAGGAGAGAAUGAGCUCAUAGUGAACGACCAACUGGCAUUAGCAGAGCUGAAACACUGUAUUGAGAAGAGGACAAUGGAGGAGCGGUCAUCACAAGUAUAUUUUACAAUCAACAUGAACCUGGACUUGACUGAGGAAGCAAUGGUGAUGUUUUCUCUGUCCUGCACUCUCCCCUUUAAGUACCCUACAGUCCUGCCUGAAAUUACUGUCAGAUCAGUAUCACUGAGUAGAUCCCAGCAGACUCAGCUGAACACAGAUCUGAUAGCAUACCUGCAGAAGACCUGUCUUGGAGAUGUCUGUAUACUGAAUGCCACAGAGUGGGUUAGAGAGCAUGCCUCUGACUAUGUCAACAGAGAUGCCUCGCCUUCCCCCGCCAAGGAAAGCCCAGCCCAGCCCCUGGAUCUCACUCUCACGAGGCUCUGGAUCUAUAGCCAUCACAUCUACAACAAGUGCAAAAGAAAAAGCAUCCUAGAGUGGGCAAAGGAACUGUCCCUGUCUGGGUUCAGCAUGCCUGGGAAACCUGGUGUGGUCUGUGUAGAAGGCCCACAGAGUGCUUGCGAAGAGUUCUGGUCAAGACUCAGAAAAUUAAACUGGAAGAGAAUUUUAAUUCGCCAUCGAGAAGACAUUCCUUUUGAUAGUACAAAGGAUGAAAUGGAAAAACAACGGAUAUUUUCCAGUUUUGAAGAAAAGGUCUUCAGUGUCCAUGGAGCCAGAGGAAACCACAUGGACUUUGGUCAACUGUAUCAGUUCUUAAAUGCCAGGGGAUGUGGGGAUGUUUUCCAGAUGUUCUUUGGGGUGGAAGGACAGUGACUGAGCAGAGGGGUGGUUGGAUGUUCUUUCUUUGAUUGUUUCUUCCCAUUCUUGCCUGGAUUUUCAUUUUGGUUCCAUUCUAAAAAGUUACAGAAUCGGGGGCAUGAGAAGACAACUUAGUUGAAAUGCAUCUGUUAAAACAUGCCAUGAAUGAAAAAAGAACUGAGUUUCAAAUUAUCAACUUUAAAUUACCAACAGAGAAGGCUGGAGAAAUAGGCCAGAGGUUAAGAGCAUUUAUUGCUGUCACUGAGGACCUAAGUUCAGUGCCCAGCACCCAUGGCAGGCAGCUCAUAAUCACCUAUAACUCAGAACUUCAGGGUAUCUGAUGGCCUCUGUCCUCCACAAGGGUGUAUACACAAACAUAGGCACAUACAAAUAUCAGGGCAUCAGAUCUCCUGGAGCUGGAGUUACAGGAAGUUGUGAGUUGACCAGUGUGGGUACUGGGAACCAAACUUGAGUCCUCAACAAGAGCAAGGCAUACUUUUAACCACUGAGCCAUCUCUCCAACCUGUUGGAAACUUUUGACAUGAGCUGGCCAUGAUGGCACAUGCUUGUAAUCCCAGCACUUGGGAAGUAGAGGAAAGAGGAUCAGGAGUUCAAGGCCACCUUGGGCUACAUAAGGCUCUGUCUUAAAAACCAAAACCAAGGGGUUGGGGAUUUAGUUCAGUGGUAGAGUGCUUGCCUAGCAAGCAUAAGGCCCUGGGUUCGGUCCUCAGCUCUGAAAAAAUAAAAAUAAAAAUAAAAAGGUUUCAAAAAAAAACAACCCCAAAACCAAAGUUAUUCAUAGAAACUUGAAAGACAAAUUAUUUGUGAAGGUAAUUCUGGUGGUUCAACUUGCUAGGCAUUUCCCACAACCUUCUGCCUUUACUGAGGAACCUGGGAAAGCUGUCUGCUCUUGGCCUCUCUUGCAGCUGUAUCGGGCUGUAGGUUACAGCUGCAGGAUUUCUGGGGAGGAAUUUGCUUCUCUUUGUGCCAUGAAUCCUGCAGCAAUAGCAGGAGAAGGGAAGGAUGGUCCAAGACAACUACAGAGAAGCCAGUCCUACUUGUCAUGUGCCGACCCAACACUAAUCCUUGGUGAUCUUCAGACCUUUGAAGUGAUGACUUUUUAAAGUCUCUGUGUUUGUUAGCAGCAGCCAAAUGUUAAUCUGUCAGAUUUUUUUUCAAAGCUUUGGCUUUGAAACUAUAAUAUACAAGCAGUAAAGUUAUCCUCAGCAGUA